GAGGCUUGAAAGCAUUCAUGUUUGGUUGUUCUAAUCCUCCUUAAGCUUCCAAAGUCUUUCUCUUGAACAGCUGUAAAGCAUCUUUUGAUACUUCAACUGUAGCCAGAUAGGAGGUUGGCAUGGAGAAGUCGAACAUCUGUCACUCGAUAUCCACGUCUUCCAGUCACUCAAGAAACAUCAGCACGCCAUCCAGUUCUCCGUCAGUUGGUACCGAAGUCUAUCACGAUAUAUCAAGACCACGCAUCGGAAUCUCAUUAGUUGGCCAAGGAAGCCUCACCGAACUUUUUACGAGCUCCAAUUUACGCGCAUAUAUCCACACUGGAUACCUGCCUUCUGAUUUUAGUCCAGUUUCUUCAGUCACUCCCGGCUACGAACACGAGUUGGACGACAUAUCUGGAAGCCCACCACCACCUUCUUCUUCCCCGAUUGCCUACCCAGAACUUCUUCCUCACGAAGACAAAAAUGAGGAGACGACCUGUCAUUCCCCUUCGGGCUCUUGCAGAUACCCCCCAGGUUCACCUGCUCAUGCUGAAGCGGAGUCUGCGAAUAUUACGGACAGCUCAAGAACGAAACGUCGACUGCUCGGCAACACUCCAGAACAUAUGCCGUUUGUUCAAUUUACCUCUGAGGCUCCUUCCGCCAGAUUCCAGUUGGAGAAGAAGUCCAUGGUCAAGCCCUCAAUUCCUUUGUUGACCGGCCUUGCGCGCCACGGCAGAAUGUGUUCUGAGCGGCGUUCGAAUUCUUAUCAUACCAUGGUACAUCCAUCGAGUCGGCCAAGAACCAAUAAAACUUUGAGCAUAGCAAAGUCACUACCAGGACCCCAAUCGAUCAUUGGCGACUCGAGCGAAGGACAUUUCAACAACCGCAGAACUCUUCCACUUGAGGACCUAGGAGAAUAUGUGGAGCAGGAACCUCCAAUAAAGAAAGUUAGGAUCUGUCGUCUAGCUAGUGAUCGUCCUGAUCUACCCAAGAUACGGACACAUUUUUUGGCCAAGGAACCAGCCAGUCUACGCAGAGCCCAGUCUCUUGUUUCACAAACUUCUACUGAUAGGGACGACGAGGACGUAGUCAAGGUUCGUUAAAACGAUCCCUUGUCAAAAUUUCGUGUAUGCUUCUUCGCGUGGAAGUUGACGACGCGCAAUAAAACAGCUUUUGGACGGACCGAACCCUUCAACUGGAUCGCCUCUUCCAACCAUCUACCCGACAGUUCAACUCGAUUCGCCUAUAUGCCCCCCUACUGUACCAAUCACACCUCUUCCUGACACAGUUAGCUAUUUUCGUGCAAAGAGAAACCCUCUUUUGCGUACUCCCGCCGUCCGCGCGCCUUCUAAACAAUUGCCGAGGAUACCACCUGUCCCUAUCAUCGCGCCUCCCAGGUCUCCUAGCCCUUUCAUGAUCAAGUGUGAGGAAGAUUGGGCGGGCGAUCGGAUC